CCAGCACUGUGACCUUUGGCCACAUGGACCUCAGCCCAUGCCAUCCACCCCUUCCAGUCCUCCAGCUCAGCAUAAAUACUUCCUGCCUGGUGAUCUUGGGCACAUAGAUACUGCCUGUCUAGGGGCAACACUCCAGCCCUGGUGACCCGGGGAAACCCAGACCCUCAUCGGCAGGUGCCCCACUCACACAGGGAUGUGCUCGCUGCCUGUGCCCCAGGAGCCCCUGCGCCGUGUGGUUGUGACCGGGGGCACCCAUGGCAAUGAGAUGUCUGGUGUCUACCUGGCCCGGCACUGGCUGCGGACCCCAGUGGACCUGCAGAGACCCAGCUUCUCUGCUCUGCCCAUGUUGGCCAACCCAGCGGCCACAGCCGUCUGUCGCCGCUACAUAGGCCAUGACCUGAACCGUACCUUCACCAACACCUUCCUUAUUUCCAAGGCCACUCCGGAUGAGCCGUACGAGGUGACAAGAGCCCGGGAGCUGAACCAGCUGCUGGGGCCAAAAAGCUCCAGCCAGGCCUUCGACUUUCUCCUUGAUCUGCACAACACCACAGCCAACAUGGGCACCUGCUUCAUCACGAAAGCCACAGACGUCUUUGCCAUACAUUUGUGCCACCACCUACAGCUGAAGAACCCCAAGCUGCCCUCCCGGGUCCUCGUGUACCAGCUGUCCCAGGACGAAACAUACAGCCUGGACUCUGUGGCCAAACACGGAAUGACCCUGGAGCUGGGCCCCCAGGCUCAGGGCGUGCUUCGGGCAGACCUUUUCUCCCAGAUGAGAUCCCUGGUGGCCUCUUCUCUAGACUUCAUCGAGCUCUUCAACCAGGGCACAGCCUUUCCGGCCUUUGAGAUGGAAGUCUACAGAUUCUUGGGCUGCGAGGACUUUCCACACACGGAGGACGGAGACCUGGCUGGCAUGGUACAUCCCCAGCUCCAGGACCGGGACUUUGAACCUCUGCGGCCUGGUACACCCGUGUUCCAGAUGUUCAGUGGCGAGGAUGUGCUCUACAAAGGGGACUCCACCGUGUAUCCCGUGUUCAUUAACGAGGCUGCCUACUAUGAGAAGAACAUUGCCUUCAUGAAGUCAGAGAAGCUCCUGGUCUCAAUACCUGCCUUGCCUGGGCUGACCCCCGUUCCCACCCCACUAACCUAGCCACACCUACCUGGCCUCAGGUUUCCCAUCUGAGAAGUGGGUGCUGCGGCACAGGGCUGAGCCCAGGGGCCUAUGCACCAUGUUCCUUGUCAGGCCGCCCAAUGCCAGGUUUCAGUUCCCCAUUAUAAAAUGGGAAAUGACCAGGG